GUUGAUGGAACCGUCAGAAUUAUGUGUUAUUAUUAAUUACUAAUUACUAUAUAAUCAGCUAUGAGUCUACCAAAAAUGGAUGUCCAUGACGCGACGUUUGUGACAGCGUGACAAGUGACAACAAAAACAAACAUAACCUCAAAAGUCAUAAAUCCACUGAGUAUGGGUACAAAUGACAAAUCGCCAUAGUUUUAGCAUCUAUCACAAAAACAACACAGGAUGAAAUGUUUAUGAAAACAAGUGAAAAGCCACUAGUUUUCAAAAUACGACUUUUAAGGGAAAGGAGUGAUAAUUGAAACUGGAUAGUGUUCACUAGGCCCAUUACAAAUCAUAAAAUGGAUGCAUGUAACUUAUGUCUGCAGAAUACAUAUCAACUUGUCGACUCAGAAGUCUCAAGAAGACUGAGUGCUUGCAUUAAAUUCUCCAACUAUCUGCCUAACAUACCACAUCAAAAACACAUGUUCGCUUGUGAGCUAUGUUUACAGAAUUUCAGCACUUUCAUAGAAUUCCACGACAUGGUAGUUGCAACAGAAUCGAAAAUAGAAUUUGUGCUGAAAGAACUCUCCUGCCAGAAGGUUAACCUCAAAAGUAUCUGUGAUGGGGCGAACAUGUUAGACAAGCGUCAGCACUGCAGAGUAUGCCUGAAUCCGGUCAAAUGGCUUGGGAUAUAUCUCUACAAGAACGACACGAACAUUCUUGAUUUUUCAAUACUCAAAAAGAUGUUCACAUACUGCAAUCUGAAUUUGGAUUUUGAGGUGUCAGACCGCCCGGUUCUAUGUAGGCAGUGCUUCGAAAGACUGCAAAUAACCUACAAUUUCAAAAAAACUAUAACCGAAGCUUUUGAGGGAAGUAUAGAAUCAAUAGAAGAUGGCUUCGAAGAGCCAACUGUUUCUGAUCCAGAAGUUAGAGUGAGAAAUGAUUUGAUGUAUCAACUUGAGGAACACAAUUAUAGUUCAAGACAAAUUUCUGCGGAGUCAGAUCCAAAGUUAAAAUGCAAUGCAGUAGUUGUGCUAGAACGGCUUCCUGAUAUUGUGCCUAAUCCGGUGUAUCAGAGGAGGAGGAGAAGAAGAAAAGGUCAAAAGAGUCAGUCUAGGUCAUAUCUGAACAGAAACUGCAAGCUGAAAUCAAAUCAUGAGACUGAAAACAAUAGUACUCGGGAGGAAUCUAGAUUGACCCUAUCUGCUAAUAGUCAAACUAGCAAUCACAGAGGAGAGCUUGAAAAUGACCAACUGGGCCAUGGUCGUGUUUAUAAUAAUGAGGAUUUGAUACUUCUUCAGUUAUACUACACCCACACGAAAUUGGAAACGGAUUUUCCAACUGGGUAUUGGGAAAAUAUUGCCUUUGACUGGAGGUCGAUCACACGGAAAAUCAAAGGACAGUUACAGUUGAGUAGAAAAGUAUAGGCUACUAAGUAAAAGUUUGAUUCCACAAAAUGUGAUAGACAGGAUAAAGAACGAUGUGAAAAAAAAAUUGGAAAUGCAACUAAAUCAACAAAGUGCUACAGAAGAGUCAGAUAGAUUAUAUAACCAGGCUUCUGAUAACUCUGAUAAUACAGGAGAGUGUAGCACCAUAGUAAUAAAGCAGGAGCCGCCAUGUGAUAUGGAUAUUGAAAUCUGGUUCCCCGAACCAAAAGUAGAACCAUCAUCAGAUUCCGAGACGGAAUCUGCCGAUUCGCCACCACAAUUGGAUAGAAUGGAUAUCGCUACAAGCAGUUCAUAUGUCUUAUCCGUGCAGAAACGAGCGCUAGGGGCAUGUGGAACUGAUCAUACGUAUAGCGUAUUGCAAAAACAUACAAAAAAACCCGUAGUUAGUCAUCCUAAAAUUCUCUUAGAAGAGGAUUUCAGAUGUAGCGAGUGUUUCUUCACCACCAAGGUGGAAUGGUGGGCAACUAGACAUAUGAUUUUGCACCAGUCGGGAAAUUUGAAAAUACAUCAAUGUCCUAAAUGUACAUACAGGAUAACGUCCAAAAAACUGUUGAGCAUUCAUAAAAGGACGCACUAUAAUGAUACAGAUGAUGAUGCUCCAAUGUUAACUCCAUGGUACACUGAAGGUAAAUUGACUCGGGAAGAAAAACAAGAAAUGCUGUCAAUGUCGAAACUAACCUGAACAUGAACAUUUUUCUCAUUCCGGAAUAAUACUUUUAUAAACUUUUGCUGUGUUCUGUGCAUUUCAUGUUUUGUAUGAAGCUGGCCAGGCAUUGAGAUUUUAACAUGCGUUUUCUACAUUUAAUCAUUGUUUAUUCUUCACCUAAAAUAUAC